UCUUAAUUACGACUCGCGUGGUUUUCUUAUCGCGCAGGUCAUAUAUAAUUGCAGAAACGACGAAGUCGACUUAAACGAACGACUUGUAUACGUAAUAAGUUCAAUUAUAUACAAAAGUCGAACGUAAAUCGGCUGUGAACGUGGCCGAUCGAGUGCAUUCGGAGGCAGAAAAGUGCCGAUUUUUAUAGUUAACGAUUUUUGUGCCAACAAUUCAGAAGAAUGAAGAUCGCAAUAACGUUCGGUGGCCUGAUCUGUUUCCUUUCCGUGAUAAUUACGGCUACCGCCAGAAAUGUAUAUUUGGAACGUGGCACGUAUAAUAUGUUCGAAGAUUUUCUCGAAAAAUUCAAGGAAGUAUUAAGGACCGGAAAUGACACGUUCGGAAUUCCGGUCCUCGAUCCGUUCACCGCGGACGAAUUACCGAUCGCAAUUGAUGAGGAUUUUCUAAAGUUGGACGGUCUUUUAACAAACGUCAGACUGGAGGGUCUGUCCGGAUACGAUGUCAACUCAGGUGACUUCAAGAUAGCUGGUCUGAAACUCACCAUGGAUCUUUCUUGGCCGUCCAUAGUCGCGAGUACAAAUUACUCCAUAAAUGGCAACGCCUCUAACUUUCAAAUUUACGGCCAUGGUGAAAUGAAGGCAGCCGCACGAGACUUUUCUUUCGAAGGGGAAGUUGUUUUCGGAAUAAACGGCGAAUAUCUUAAAGUGAAGAGCGUAGGUAUGAAGAUUUCCUUGAGAGAGUUUGAGUUUCACGCGACAGGUAUUUACGACGAUGACGAACUGUCCGAAUUACUAAGUGCUAUCAUUUCUGACAUGGUGCCUCAGCUGAUCCAGGAUUAUCAUGACACAAUUACGGAGAUAGCUGGUCUUCUUGUUAUAGACAAGCUCAACGAGUUUCUGUCCACUAUGACGUUAGUGGAGCUAUUGAAACUAAUAGGUCUUUAGAAUUAGUUCUUUUUUUUAUAUAGAGAUCAGUGGUCAAAUCCCACUGUCAUUCGAUCAAUCGUUUAUGUACUCGCGUUACUUGAACUUAAGCGAUCGAUUAAGCGAUGAAAUGUAUAAUAAUACAUAUUGAUAAUGUCAACGAGAAAUAGAAAUGUAUAUACCAAUUUUAUUGGGAAUUUAUAUUUCGUAAAUGAAAAUUAAAACUGCUAAUAAAUAAAGUCAAUACAAUUAUUAGGGUAA